CUAAAUAGUCACAAGUUGUAUACAAAUAGAAGGGGACUCCCUAUAAAUCCAAAAUCAUCUUCAAGUCAGACAUAAAAAGUAUUAAGAACAAAAUAAAAUGGAGAAAAUUUCAGCAUUCUUCAUCAUUCUCUUCCUUGUCUCGUCGUGCAUGGUGUCAAUGAGUGUUGGAGAUAUAUGUAAAACGGACAGAGAUUGUGUGGAGAUUGGGUUUCCAAGAUGUAAGAACACUGGAAAGAUGCCAACUUGUUACAACGGAUAUUGCAGCUGUUUCGCUCCUCCAAGGCGUUUUUCUCCUCCUCCUCCCCCUCCUCCUCCUCCUCACUCUUCUACUCCAAACUCUCCUUCUUCAUCAACCUCCAAAUUCUGAUCUGAAUUCAUAUAAUAUUAAUGAAUUUUGAUGCAACUUAA